AUGACUAGUGGAAGAAUAGAUGAAUAUGUUUUCUUUGUACGCUCGCAGAAUGCUGUUUAUAGUGAAGGAGAGUGGAGCGACAUAGGAGGGACUCUGUCUGUUGACAAAACCAAAACCAGUGGCUUUACCACAUGGUACCUUUCAAAAGAUCUUCUUCAAGUGGGAGAUACUAUUCGCUCGAGAAAAUUGUUGAACUCUGGAAAGUCUCAAGAGUUGGCUGUGUUGGAAGGAAAUGUUGUUGGUCUUGAGAAAGAUACUGAUCGAGAUGGAUUUGUGCUGGUGCGAGUCCCUAAUUUGCCGAGCCCUCUGAGGGUAAAUACAUCAACCAUAGAGAGGGUUACAUGUGGUUUGGCAGCUGGGGAUUGGGUGUGCUUGGUCAAUGAAACUAAGCAGCACUCUUCUUUGGGCGUCCUGCACUCUGUGCAGCGUGAUGGAAAUGCAAGUGUUGCUUUUUUAGGCUUAGAAACUUUAUGGACAGGACAUUCUUCUGAAGUCCAAAAGGUGGUCCCAUAUUUUUUGGGACAGUUUGUGCAGUUGAAAUCAAAUGUUGAAACUCCCCGGUUCGAAUGGCCUCAGAAAAGGGGAGGGAGAUGGGCUACCGGGAGAAUAUUACAGAUACUUCCAAAUGGUUGUCUUGUUGUUCAAUUUCCAGGACGGAUGAUGUUUGGUGGUGAACCUAAUACUUUCUUGGCUAAUCCAGAUGAGGUGAUUCAAGUGUCUUUUGAUACAUGUCCUAGCAUUAUCGAAAAGUAUCAGCAUCUUGAGGAUUUUCACUGGGCUAUUCGACCACUUUCUGUUGCAUUUAGCCUAUUUACAGCAGUAAAGCUUGGUGUAUCUGUAGGAAAAUGUAUUAAAUCUAAGCUGAAGGACCCAAAGAAUUGCCAGACCUCCGGUGAUGGUCGUACUCAAGAUGGUGAAAUUGGUGGCAAGUCGGCCUGGCUUCGGCCAAAUCUUGCAAAUAUCCUCUUUAAAGAAGGUGCUGCCUCUGCUACUGCUAGAUAA